AGAUUCGAUUUAUUCUCCUAUAAUAUGCAUAUAGUUAUGAGCACAUGUAUUAGAUCUCAGGCGGUGGAAAUGAAAAGGCGCUUUUCGGGUCUUACAGUUCUGAUGAUUAUCGAGGAUGGUGGUUGCAAUUUGACUGGCUAAGGCAGGUGUUCUGAUGAGAAAAGUCUCAAUAUUUACCUGUUUGUGUGUGUGGAUAUGUGUAAGGGGAGAAUCUUGGGGUAUAUGAUAAGUAUCUUUCAGUACGUAUCACGAAUAACAUGAUACCAUUAAACCUGAAACGUUAGCUUCCUUUUUAAUUAUACUAUUUAGAUUAUGCAUGUAUUUUGCUCUUUUCUACCCUUUUUGUCUCAUUGGCAAAAUGAAUUUAAAUGUUGUAUUUGAUCAAAACAUCGUAACGAAUUAAACGACUUGUAGUCCAUUUUUCGUUGCGUGUUUGUUUGGGUUCAGAUUGCGUAACCAUUUUUUUGCUGGUAUAUCAUGAUAUGCCAUAGUGUCACUUAAGGGAUUUAGUGUAAGGCUAUUCCCAAUUAAUAGCUUUGUUCUUGCUUCACUUUUCAUUUUCCCAACUAAAUGUUUAAACAAAAAUUUUUAUUCUGUCAUUGCUCUGAAAUAAUAUUAAUCUAUUAGCAAUACUAGGUAAUAUAUAGUAGAAAUACCCUUAACGUCAUUUCAAGCACGAAAAAAAUAUUUGUAAGCCGAUAAACAGUUUAACCUAAACAAGAAGCAGCAACAAUUAUGUCCACCAAGGCAAUGAAGAGAGGCAACGAAAGUAAGAAGGAUACAAACACGCAGACGGAUGUACGACUAAGCAAUAUCACCUCCGCGCGUGCUGUGGCCGACUGCAUCCGCACCUCCCUUGGUCCACGCGGGAUGGAUAAAAUGAUCAUUCAACCCAAGGAUGAGACCCUCAUCAGUAACGAUGGGGCCACCAUUCUUUCCAAGCUGAAGGUCACUCACCCUUGUGCAAAGAUGAUAGUUGAUCUAUCCAAGGCGCAGGAUAUCGAGGCAGGUGAUGGUACGACAUCAGUUGUGGUUAUCUGCGGUGCGCUUCUCCACGCGGUUGAGAAGCUCCUACAUCAGGGCAUUCACCCAACCCAGAUAUCGGAAUGCUUCAAAGUCUGCGGACAGAUGGCGGAGCAGGUGCUAGAGGAAAUGAGCACGAAGAUUGACAUUGAGGAUCGUAACACCCUCAUUCAGGCCGCUAUCACCUCCCUUAACUCCAAGGUAAUUUCUCAGAAUAGUGGCCUUCUGGCGCCGAUGGCGGUGGACGCUGUCCGUAAAAUUAUCCGCCCGAAUGGGGAUGUCGACCUACGUGACAUUCGCGUCACUUCCGCGCUCGGUGGCACGAUAGAUGAAUCGAUCCUUAUUGACGAUGGGAUGGUGAUCAAACAAAAGGCCUCCCGCGUGGCCGGGGGACCGGUGCGUAUUCAGAACGCCACCAUCGCACUUAUCCAAUUUCAGCUGUCGCCCCCGAAGACGGACAUGGAGAGUACAGUAACGAUCACCGACUACGCGCAAAUGGACCGCGCCUUGAAGGAGGAGCGUAAGUAUCUACUCACGCUGUGCAAAAAGAUUAAGGACGCCGGGGUUAACGUUUUGCUUGUUCAGAAGUCCAUUCUGCGCGACGCCGUUACGGCGCAAUCUUUAGACUUCCUCGCCAAGAUGAAGAUCAUGGUGGUGACGGAUAUCGAGCGCAAUGACAUCGACUACAUCACGAAGACCCUUAGCUGCUUGCCCGUGGUGAAUGUUGACAACCUGACACCGGAUAAAUUCGCCCACGCAGCGUUAGUCGAGGAGGAGGGAACACCAAACGGCAAGGUGAUUAGAAUCACAGGGGUGAAGCCUCCGGCGUCGCCGUGCCGCCACUUUGGUAAGACGGUUUGUUUCUUCCUGCGUGGUAGCAACGCGCUGGUGCUCGAAGAGGCUGAGCGUGCCCUACACGACUCUCUUUGUGUCAUACGAUCUCUUGUGAAGAAGCGCGCGAUUAUGCCCGGAGGUGGGGCGGGCGAAAUUGAGGUUUGUCUGAAGCUUGGAAAGUACGCACGGGAGCGGGCCGAGGGCAUCCAGACCUUCUGUAUGCGCACAUACGCGGACGCAUUUGAGAUGAUCCCGUACACGCUGGCCGAGAACGCCGGCAUGCAGCCGAUUUACAUUGUCACAGAACUGCGUAACGCGCACGCUUCAGGCCACCAUAAUGCUGGUGUUAACGUGCGUGACAGCUGCGUGACGGAUAUGUUGGCUGAAAAGGUUGUCCAGCCCCUAUUGGUGUCUACGUCAGCGGUCCGUUUGGCUACUGAGUGUGUUAUGAUGUUGCUCAAGAUUGAUGACAUCAUCAUGACUCGGAUGUAG